UCGUAGGGAGAGGCCAGUCCAAGCUACGAACGUUCAUCUCUCUUCUGCACGCGAGUCUUUUGAUGAGUGCGUUAUACGCGAUCAACGCAUCUUUCUCUUUUCCUUUUCUUUUCUCUUUUCUUCUUGUUCUUCUUCUUCUUUCUCUUUCCUUUUUUAUUUUACUUCUUUUUAUAAAUUUAUUUCUAGUUCCACCUUUUCCGAUAUUUCUUCCUCUCUUACCACCACCAUUACCACCACCACGACCAUCAUCUCCCCCGUAUUGUCAAGUUCGUGAAGAUCGUAUUGGUAGAAAUUCAAUGAUCAUUCGAACGAGAUUUUUUCGAGAUGCUUGAAUGUCGACAGAGACGGCAAGAAAGGAAAUGCACUUAUUGGCUAGCGUCUGCGCUCUCAUAUUGAUCUGCAGCCCGGUCUGACAUCGAGCGCACGAGUAUACGGGUGGGACCUCGACAACGCCUUCCAAAAAUGUAUAUUUUUUUGAGCUUUGCACGAUUCAUUCUUAUAUCGUCGAUACUCUGCAUCGGUCUCUGCUCUGAAGAUGAGGAGAGGUUGGUGCGAGAUCUCUUUAGAGGCUACAACAAAUUGAUCAGACCGGUGCAAAAUAUGACAGAGAAGGUGCACGUCAAAUUUGGACUCGCCUUCGUUCAGCUUAUCAACGUGGAAUUUCUUUUCUUUAAAGGAUCAAAACUGAAUGAGAAAAAUCAGAUCAUGAAAUCGAACGUAUGGUUGAGAUUCGUAUGGAUGGAUUAUCAAUUGCAAUGGGAUGAAGCGGAUUAUGGUGGCAUUGGAGUGCUCAGGUUACCGCCCGAUAAAGUAUGGAAGCCGGAUAUAGUAUUGUUCAACAAUGCCGAUGGUAAUUACGAGGUACGUUACAAAAGUAACGUUUUGAUCUAUCCGAAUGGCGAAGUACUUUGGGUACCACCAGCGAUCUACCAAAGUUCUUGCACGAUUGACGUCACCUACUUUCCGUUUGAUCAACAAACAUGUAUUAUGAAGUUUGGUUCGUGGACAUUCAAUGGCGAUCAGGUAUCCUUAGCCCUUUACAACGACAAAAGCUUUGUCGAUCUCUCAGAUUACUGGAAAAGUGGUACCUGGGAUAUAAUCAGUGUACCAGCUUACUUGAAUACCUACCAGGGCGAGUUACCAACCGAAACGGAUAUUACGUUCUACAUUAUAAUACGACGAAAGACGCUCUUUUAUACGGUGAAUUUGAUCUUGCCUACAGUUCUGAUUUCCUUCCUUUGCGUCUUGGUCUUUUAUUUACCCGCGGAAGCUGGUGAAAAGGUGACACUCGGUAUAAGUAUUCUCCUAUCAUUAGUUGUGUUUCUUUUGCUGGUUAGCAAAAUUCUACCACCUACGUCUCUCGUAUUACCGUUGAUAGCCAAGUAUCUUCUCUUUACUUUCAUCAUGAAUACCGUUAGUAUCCUGGUAACCGUGAUCAUUAUAAAUUGGAAUUUCCGUGGGCCACGUACUCACAGGAUGCCGCAAAUGAUACGAAAAGUCUUUCUGAAGUAUCUACCAAAGUUUCUUUUAAUGCGACGACCAAAGAAGACGCGUCUCAGAUGGAUGAUGGAGAAUCCAAGCGUAACUCUGCCAGCUUCGACUUAUUCCGGUAGUCCUACGGAACUGCCAAAACAUCUGCCAUCCUCUUUGGCAAAGAGUAAGAUGGAAGUAAUGGAGUUAUCCGAUUUGCAUCAUCCAAAUUGUAAGAUCAAUCGUAAGGUUCAUCAUACGACCAGUGGCUCGAGCGCAGCAGGUGCCGGUGAGGCUCUUGGCGAUAGAAGGGGAUCAGAAAGUUCAGAUUCUGUUCUUCUAAGUCCUGAAGCAAGCAAAGCUACUGAGGCAGUCGAAUUCAUUGCUGAGCAUCUUAGAAACGAAGAUCUGUAUAUACAGACAAGGGAAGAUUGGAAAUACGUUGCGAUGGUGAUCGAUCGAUUACAGCUUUACACCUUCUUCAUAGUCACCACAGCUGGUACUAUAGGGAUUCUAAUGGAUGCACCCCAUAUUUUCGAGUAUGUGGACCAGGAUCAUAUCAUAGAGAUUUAUCGCGGCAAAUAAUCGCUUUAUCCAUUCUGUCGUAUAUUAUUCUUCGCCAAGUUUCGACGGUCAUCAACGACGAAGAAAAUUCUUUUUUACUAUCAAAUGCGUAUUCGUUCGCUAAAAUAUUCCGUCAAAUAUUUCUGGAACGUAUGCGAAAAUGCGAAAUAAUCAUUUAACGGGUGUUCGCCUAAUUCUCGUAUGAACGAUGACAUACGAACUCACGAUGUUACCGUUACGUUGAAACUAUAAAACGAACAUUCGUAUUGUUUGUAAGGAGGUCCAAGAAAUUUAAUCGAGAGCGCUUUCUUGCAUUUUUCUUUGCGAAUAAACAAAAUUACGAAGCCCGUGUAACUGCCCUAAGAAGUCUUAUUAAACAAAAUGGCAUUAUAUAUAUAUACGGCGAUUUUUUUAUCAUACGAUCGCUUCAUUUCUUUAUUUUGAUUAUUUUAACGGUAAUACAAAGAUAUAUGUGAUAGAGACUUAAGAAUCUGUUUUUAUUUCUUCUUUUUUUUAACGUUUCUAAAAGUUUAAGCGAAAAUCCAUUAAUAAUUUCUUAAAUAUUCGUUGAUCAUGAAUCGAGAGCAAAAAUACAGAAUGUUGAUCACAAAGAAAGACAAUUUUCAACGAAAAUAGAAAAAUAUCGUUAGAGCUAUCGUAGUUGCCUCUACCGUUAUCGUCUUCCCUAAACGUUACUGAUCUAUCACACGUUUCGUCCCGCGAACUUGAGGAAUCGAAUCAGAAGUAAAAACAAACGGCAUUUGUUAAUGUUUGUCUUCUGUCUUUCUCGAUUGCAUCUGUUUUCGUCAUUAAGAGAACAUCACGAAACAAAAAUGCAUUGGUGGCUCGUCGUCAAAAUAUAAUUUUGAAAAUAUAUAUUACAAUAAGAGUAUAAUAUGUAAUAUCUAACGAUAAAAUGAUAUACUUUCUCUGUCGUUGAACCAAACACGUCUAAAUAAUUUGCGCUUGAAUUUUAUUGCGUUAAUUUCAUCAUUAUAAGAAAGAAUGAGCGAAACUAUAAAACGAUAUUUAAUUAAUUUCGACUCAUACGUAUAUCGUAAUGAUGAAAUCGUAUCUAAACAAAAUGAAACAUAACUUUUGUCAAAGAGACGAGCCAAGAAAGACGAAUGUUUUUGAAGUAUUAAUGUUCAGUGAUUUAUUGAUAGAAAUAGAAAGAAAAAUAUAAAUGGUGGACGUGAAGAGAUCGAUUAUAUUAUUCGUCGAUAAUGGGAUUCUGUGCUGAUCGAGACAGAUCAUACUAAAUAGCUUUAUAAACGCACACAUUAGAAGCACAAUGUCACGGCCCUGCGUACUUUUAUUCGUUGUUAGAAUAUCGUACGUAUUCGUACAGGCAUCUACUACUCGUACAUAUAAACCGUAAUAAUUGCAUCCAUAUUGUACAGAAGAUUGUUAAACGGUCAUGUUUUCUCUAAUAGAAUGUUCGUCCCUCGUAAAGAAAGAAAGAAAUAAAGAAAAAUGAAAAAAGAAGAAAAUAAAGAAGAAGAAGAAGAAGAAGAAGAAUGAAUGAAUGAAUGAAAAAGGAGAAGAAGAAGAAGAAGAAAAAGAAAUAUUCAAGUCGUUAAUUUUAUCGGAUACGUUAUUGCCUCUCUGGUGCCUCGAGAUUUAUCCCAUCGUUAUCGAUAUAGGAAAAGAAGAGAUGAGAAAUAAGUAAAACCGUUUGUAAAUAUAUAGAGAGUGCUUCGUUUGAUUCGCAGAAACGAUAAUUAUUAGCGAUUGUGAUCGUUAAUUUUAUGCUUAUCAAUCAUUAACGAGCUAAUCCUCGUAAUUCCAUUGUAAAUGCCAUUCCGUUUCUAUUGUCGAUCAAUCAGAGCUAUAAUGAAAUAAUUUUUCGGCAUGUGAUUAUUUCAUCUGAAAUAAUUCAUAUAUAUAUAUAUAUAUAUAUAUAUAUAUAUAUAUAUAUAUAUAUAUCAUACUACGGAUUGAAGUCGUUUAAAAAUCUUCGGAAGUUAUCGAAAAUCUUCCCUACCUACAAUUAGCGUGUAUCGCGUCGACGCUCUAACGAUCGAAUAGCUUGUAAAGCUCUUUUUCUUUUAUAAGUAUUUCGAUGUCUCGAGUAAAAUCAUGUUUACCUUACCUAUAUCGUAUAGGAUCCGAAAAGAGCUUGAUUGAAAAUAAUUAAUCGUUAGAGCGUCGACUCCUCUUGGAUAGUGUGCCAUGCGUCUUCCUCAAAGAAAUACAAUAAUUAGGAUGUAGACAUCAGAUAUAUAAGCUGACUAGGGUUUGUGCUACCUGCCGAUUUUUGAUUCAUUUUUUGAUUUUACUCUAUGUGCAUUCAUAAUGCGUUUUUUAUAAAUCAAUCGAGACCAGUUUUUGCCGACGAUGUAUGAGUAUGAAAAAAAAAAAAAUGUGGCAGUAGGAUAACGGUGAUAUAUGUUAUUAUCAAAGGAAGUACCUCAUUCGGUUAAAUUAAAUAUGUUAAUAUUAUUGAAAAUUCGACGAACACUGGCACAAUUCCUAGUGGUUUAAACGUGUUUGUUGUUAGGUAAAUAAUAAAAUGAAAGGCAAAGUAUGAAGGCGUGCUCUGUUUGUAAUAAGACGAGCCAGACUUAUACAUGCGCAAAACUGAAUUUCUUUUAUCUAAUAGAGAAAAAGAUGAUCGUAUUAUCGAAUGUAUAUUAAUUUACGUUAUGUGUAAGCGAGAAAACUGUUAAGCCGAAGAUUUGUACUUUAUUAUGCAUGAUGUAUAUUAUGCCCGUACAUAAAAUUAAUUUGUUAGUUAAUAAAGAUGUUAUUCGAUUAAGGAAUCA